AUGGACAGAGCAAUCCUUCGAACAGUUAAGCAUGUAAGUUACAUUAAUUUAUAUUAUACCUAUUCAAUCUAAUAUUAUUCUUGAAUUUCCUCGAAUUUUAGCUGAAAUCCGAUAUCGAGUUGAUCCUCGACGAAAAUGCACAUGAAGUCUUUCUGAGCGAGGAGCAGAUCCGCGAGGAAUAUCGGGCCAUGGAUGGAAAAGAGUUAGAAGUAGGUUGUGCUUAUAUUAUACUUGAUACGAAUAUCUUCAAGUUAUUGUUUUUGUGUUUAGGCCGUCUUGAGAAACGUCAAUUUAACAUUGGCGAAGAUAAUCGAGGAUGUGAGGCCAAAAAUGUACUCAUUUGUUAAUGACAUUGAGACUCCGGGAUAUCUGAAACGAGAAGUGAUCACGAGCCGAGGAAUGAUCGCAGGGCCUGGCAGAAACCGUCAACCAGCGGCGGAGUCUGCCAGCAAUAAAGCCACUCCGAUUCCAUUUGUGGAGUCUCCAGUUGCUCCGCCUCCGGGAUUCUCUUCCAAUCCGGUGGAUUCGGCCGAAACAUCUAGAUCUUCCUCGUUGGCCCCGGGCAGUAAUCGCCCCAAACCCAAUGGACAGCAAGUUGAAGAUCCAACACAAAAUGGCAGAUCUUCGCCAAGUAUUCCAAUGAGCUUUGAGUAAGAUUUUUUUAUUAUUCUUGGCAACUUUAGGUCAGCUUGUAUGAUUCGAUUCAAAACUGUUUGUUUGACGUCGCGAUGUGCGUCGGUUUUAAAUUGAGUAUCCAUUAGAGGACUUGUCAGGCAUUUUACGAAAGAAAUGACAGCUGUUUGAUAUUUUUUCGAGAUUGAAACGUCAAAUUCGUCGAGGAUAAUAUAACAAAGUCUUCAAAAUGAGUUAAUUAAUGGUUUCAUUUUAGUCUGCGUGAGAAGGAAAAUCAUGUUCCUGUUGUUACACUCCCAGCCAGCCGAUCUCCCAGCAUUGCAUCUCAUCAAGCAUUCCAGGAUAUUAAUCAUAUGGGACAUGAACCUAAACCGGUGAGACCUUUUUGUCUUUGUGGAAUUUUGUGUUUAGAAAGGCGCAACAAGGUGUUUUAGAUGGCCUAAGAGCUUUUUGGGGUUAUUUUGGGUUUAAAAGGGCUUGUUUUUAAAUAAUUUUUGUUUUAUUUUAGUUGACGGACGAAGAGUUAAGAAGACAUAGUGAAGUUCUUCUGGAUGACUGCAAGAAAAACGGAUACGGAGUAAGUAAUUUUCUAUUUGUUCUUCAACUUUUAGAUACGAGUUGGACGAAUUUUUCUCUUGUUUUUUUAACUUGUCUGUCAAGUAUAAUAUAAAUUAAGUUUGUUCCUCCCGUUUGUUAGUGUCUCUGUCUCCCGAAAAUGACUUAGAUAGCUGCCUGGUUUGAUAAUCCCUCCUUCUAAGUGGUUUCUUUUAGGACUUCUUCGAUUUGAAUACCCUGAUGGGCCGUUUCCGCCAUAUCGUCGAAGCCGCUGCCAAAAACUCGAUCUGAUUGAUACUUGUCUUUAUAUCCGUAGUCUGUAAUUCUUAUUUGCUAAGUAAACGGUGCUGUAUUCUAUUCGGAAUUGUCUUACGGUCUGUCAGGGAUGAUCUUGGGAGUAGAGGCAUGGAUAAGGUGGGAAUGGUGGAUUAGUAGGGAAAAUAAGAGCAAAUAAGAGUGAUGAGAGAUCUGAGGGAUCUUGUAGGAAAAUUUGAUGUGAUAUAGGGAAUGAUAAAGUCAAUUUAAUUUUGUUUUGUCAUGGAUAAUAUAUUGUUUUGUCCGAAAUGUCUAAAAUAAGGUUGCUUUUUAUUUUUUUCUCUGAAUUUUUAGGGAAAACCUCUUUUUUGACACUUGAAAUGCAAUUUCUGAUAUUUUGACUCCUUUAUGUUAUGAGUCUUUUCAGAAAUUUAUAUUACUUUAGUCAGGAUUUGUAUUUCUUUAGGAUGACGAUGAAGUGGAGAUGAUCCUGGACGGACUCCGGCGUGGCAUGCAUCCCGAACAGGAAUCUCCGGUGGUUUCUGAGCCAGAACCAAGAGGGAAAUGGCAUUCGGUCUUGGAUGGACAGUCCUACGGCAAGAUCAAUGAGCCCAUUGGGCCCGCAACUCUGGCCCAUCUCUCCAACGCGGAACAACACGCCAUCCAGUGUGCGAACAGAGGACUGGAUCAGGCCAACUUCAAGAUCAGCAUGGAUCAAAUGUUCUAUUUGAACAAGUACUGGUCCAUCAAAAACAGCGGGGAUGUGAAUGCCUACAGAAGCAACUAUUUGAUCCCUCAUAUCAAAAAAACGACGUAAGUUUGCGAUGAUUUUAAGGUUGGGAUAUGAUAAUGAGGGAAUAAGAUAAAUAAGGAAUAAGUUUGAGGGAUUUUGACAGCAAAAAUUUAAGAGAAAAUAAGGGUUUUUUUGGAUGAGCCAUGAUGGGCCAUGGAUAAUAUAAAAAAUUGGCCGUAGAGCCGAGUUUUUGCAUAAAUUGUGAUAAAUAUGGUGUUUAUAUGGCUAUUAAGCUAUUUUGAACUACAGUGAUUGAGAAAGUUGGCGUAUUUUACCAUUUUUUUUAUUAGCCAUGAAGUCAUCGUGGAUAAUUUAAAGUUUCUAAAAACGAAAAAUUUUGGGUUUGUUAUACGUGAAAUAACAUGGUUGUAAAAAAAUUCUGUGUUUUUUACAGUUACGGACCUGAUCCAGUGGCAAAAAAGUACCAUUUUGCAUCCGGGAAUAUCAAAAAAUGUGGCAAAAUACCUCCCUCUCCAGAUAAAAAAAACUCCGUUUUGAAGGGCGCUCCCUUUACCUGACAUGAGGCCUGACAAAAGAGCUUUUGAAACGGAGUUUUUUCACUUGGAGAGGGAGGCAUUUUGCUACAUUUUUCUGUACUUCCCGGAUGCAAAAUGGUACGUUUUUUGUCACUGUUUCAGGUCCGCCACUGUAACAAAGACAGAAAUCUUUUACAAUCAUGUUUUUUUACGUAUAAUAAAACCAAAAUUUUUCGUUUUUAAUAAGCUUUAAAUUAUCCUAUGACUUCAUGGUUAAUAAAAAAUGGUAAAAUACGGCAACUUUCUCCAUCAUUGUACUUCAAAACUGCUUUAUAGCCAUAUAAACACCAUAUUUAUCCCAAUUUAUGCAAAAACUCGGCUCUACGGCCAAUUUUUUAUGUUAUCCAUGGCUCAUCCAAAAGAUCCUUUUUUUCUCUUAAAUUUUUGUUACAAAACAAAAAAUGACUCUCAUCAUAAACUACCGUAAUUUCAGUGUCUUGUACGAGACCCCAGCAAAUGAAAAGCUCCUCAAUUUCAUCAACUGCCCCGACUAUCACGCCGCGAUCCUCUACAUCCUCCAAUUCCACGCGAUGAGCUACCCCAAAGGCUCGGAUGCCGAGGAAUUGGAACAUUUUGAGCGGGAGUUCCAGAAGGAAACCUCCCCAUUCAAGCUGGGAGUGGACACGGCCAUCUCAUCGAUGGCCGAGUGUGUCCGCAGAGGCCUCCUGAUCAAGGAAGGAACCCUCACCAAGCCGUUGUUCCGCACGAACGACGCAAUCCGAUCCCUGGACUUGUGGCGAUUACCUCCCGGACUUCCGUCCAAUCUCUUCAGAGUCUUGAACACUUUUGGCGAACAAAAACUCUGCGAAUUGGUCAGCAGGACGGACAUUUGUCUCGAUGCGAAUGGAGAUUUCCUCCGAGAAGAGCUACAUAUGUAAGUUUUGGCGCGGGGGUUUUGGAUUUUGGUGGAGGUAGUCAUGGUGAACAUAGACAUGGAUAAUAUAAAAAGUGGGCUAAAUUUAUGAGAUUUUGGACUAUUUAGGACGGAAAUGACCGGCGAUUACAUUUUUGAGCUUUGAAAAUUGGAUUUUGAAUGAAUUUUUUGGGCAUGAUUAGGCACACAUUACAUCAUGGAUAAUAUAAAAAGUAGCUUUAAUGAGCGAAAUUGUGGAUUGGGUAGAGUAGAAAUGGCGUAAAAAUAAAUGUUAGAGAUCAUUUAAAAAAUUUUUUAGCUUUUUUUUGUCAAAGUGUAAUAUAAGGUAUAUCAUGGUGAAUAUAAAAAUUUGGUCCGAAGGACUGUAUGUAGCCAUUUGGUGGCGAUAAAUCCUCUGAUAGUGAAGUCCAAGAGAUGAUUCUGCAAUUUCAGGGCCGACUUUGUCCGUUUGGCCAACAAUUUCCCGUUGGUUUUCCAGCUGAAUUCCCAUGAUAAACAAGUUUGUGAGUCGAUUUUUGUAUAAUUUUUGAGGUUAAAAAUGAAUGCAAUGGGCUUUGUGAGACUUUACAAGACCUUUUCUUUAUAGAUUUUACAAUUUUUCGAUGGUAUUUAUAUUGUUUUAGUAAGAUUACUGUAAUUUCAGACAGCCAAGAAGUGUUGACGUCGCUUCGACUGGAAAGAGAGUGCCCCACCUGGAAGGUCCUCUUGGACUGCCCCAAUUACAGUGACAAUAUCUUCUUCUGUGACUGCAGAACUUGCUGCUCAUUCACGCCGGUCACUUAUGACUACAACAGCUGA